AGGGGAGGAUGUUGGCUAGUACUUCUGUGGGGAGGUCAUAUGCCAGCAUUGCGGCGCUCACCCUGUUGCUGAUGUCUCACUGCAUCCUUUGCGAAGAUUCCAAGGGGGUAUCCGAGUUCGAAGAAACUGAUCAACGACAGGCGGCCCGGGCCGGCGGUGCAGGUACUGAUAACGGUGAAGCUGCAGAAGAUGGAAGUAACACAUCACUGGGAGAACAAGGCAGGUUGUCGAAUAAUACUGUGGAUCAAAAUGGCACUUUGCAAGUCACCUCAAUCCCCAUUAUCAUGGUUACUACUCCAAUACCAGUUCCAGAAACUCCAGCAAAGCCCAUACUACCGCUACAGACCGGGGAAGAAGCUCAACAAGAAGAACAAUCAAGUGGAAUGACUAUUUUCUUUAGUCUGCUUAUAUUAGCUAUUUGCAUCAUAUUGGUGCGGCUGCUGAUUAAGUACAAACUGCAUUUUCUUCCAGAAAGUGUGGCAGUUGUAUCUUUAGGAAUUUUAAUGGGUGCUGUGAUUAAAAUUAUAGAAUCACAACAUUGGGCGAACUGGAAGGAAGAAGAAAUGUUUCGGCCAAACAUGUUUUUUCUUUUAUUACUUCCACCUAUUAUAUUUGAAUCCGGGUACUCCCUACACAAGGGAAAUUUCUUCCAGAAUAUUGGGUCCAUUACUCUCUUUGCUGUAUUUGGCACAGCAAUUUCCGCUUUCAUUGUAGGUGGUGGAGUAUACUUUCUUGGUAAGGCUGAAGUUAUCUAUAAACUCACAGUGACUGACAGUUUUGCGUUUGGCUCUCUUAUCUCUGCUGUUGACCCAGUGGCAACAAUUGCCAUUUUUAAUGCUCUGAAUGUGGAUCCUGUUCUGAACAUGUUGGUAUUUGGAGAGAGCAUUCUUAAUGAUGCAGUUUCUAUAGUGCUCACCAACACAGCUGAAGGCUUAGCCAGAGACAAUGCGACUGAUGUGAGUGGAUGGCAAACAUUCCUGCAGGCACUGGGCUAUUUCCUCAAGAUGUUUUUUGGAUCUGCAGCACUUGGAACACUCACUGGUCUCAUCUCUGCUUUGCUGCUAAAGCACAUUGACCUCAGAAAAACACCGUCACUUGAAUUUGGAAUGAUGAUAAUCUUUGCCUAUCUUCCUUAUGGCCUUGCAGAAGGCAUAAAGCUAUCAGGAAUCAUGGCUAUUCUGUUUUCUGGAAUAGUGAUGUCACACUAUGCUCACCAUAAUCUUUCUCCAGUUACUCAAAUCCUUAUGCAGCAGACAUUACGCACAGUCGCUUUUAUGUGUGAGACGUGUGUGUUUGCUUAUAUUGGGCUGGCAAUAUUCAGCUUUCCUCACAAGUUUGAAAUCUCCUUUGUUAUCUGGUGCAUUGUUCUUGUCUUACUUGGCAGAGCAGUGAAUAUAUUUCCUCUCUCCUACCUUCUGAAUUUCUUUCGAGAUCAUAAAAUUACUCCUAAAAUGAUGUUUGUUAUGUGGUUUAGUGGUCUUCGUGGUGCCAUUCCUUAUGCUUUGAGUCUACAUUUGGAGCUUAAACCAAUAGCGAAGCGCCAGCUUAUUGGAACAACCACCAUAAUCAUUGUGCUUUUCACAAUUCUGGUUUUGGGUGGGGGAACAAUGCCUCUGAUCAGACUGAUGGACAUUGAGGAUCCCAAAACCCGUCGAAGAAAUAAGAAAGAUAUUACACUCAGCAAAACUGAGAAAAUGGGCAACACUGUUGAAUCUGAGCACUUAUCAGAGCUAACCGAGGAGGAAUAUGAGGCACAGUACAUCAAACGACAAGAUCUUAAAGGCUUCAUGUGGUUGGAUGCUAAAUAUUUGAACCCUUUCUUUACACGAAGACUUACUCCUGAGGACUUGCAUCAUGGGAGAAUACAGAUGAAAACAUUAACCAAUAAAUGGUAUGAAGAAGUGCGUCAGGGACCAUCAGGUUCCGAAGAUGAUGAGCAGGAACUGCUGUAGCUUUUCUAUUACUACGCAUGAAGAUUCAGUUCAAGGAUGAGCACCCGUUGGACUCAAAUGCACGGCAAUGCAUUCUGAAGUUCUUAAAGUGCACCUUGUGCCCUUUGUACGAUGUUCUAAUAUUUAAAAAGAGAAUAAGAUAUGGGUACGCUUAUUUCUUGAAAAUAUUUUGCAUGUUCAGAUUAUUAUAAUGGUGGACAAUUAACACUAAUCUAAGGAAUAUCUAUUUUUUUAAAUUGGAUAAAACUGAAUGUAUCACACUGGUUUAUGCACUUUACUUUCUUGUAAAUAAGAUGGCGGUUUUAUAUUCUAUCCACUUUUUCUGAGGAUGAUAGCGACUUACACUUGCCAUAGAUCUAUUAUAUAACUACUUAAGAGUAAACGGUUGUUGAAAUCCCU